AUGAACGGUUCACAUUCCAACGAUGAGGAUGACUUAGUGCAGGUUCCCGAGACGUCUUCUCCGACUAAGACGAUGUCGUCGUCUCCCCUGAAGGCGGGGUCGGCGGCUCCGGACGCCAACGUAGCCUCUUUGAGGAGCAGGUUCACGUUCAAGCCCUCAGAGGCCAGCGAGGGGCCCCAUAUCUCGAAUCCUGCGCCAUCGGGGAGUCCUGAGGUGGCUUUAGUCAACCUGGCGAAGGAGUUUCCGGACUUUUCGCAGACACUGGUGCAGGCUGUCUUCAAGUCCAACUCCUUUAACAUGCACUCUGCUAGGGAACGGCUCACACGGUUGAGGCAGCAGAGGCAGAACUGGACGUGGAACAAGAACGCAUCCCCCAAGAAACCAGAGAUCCCGCCGCCUGCCAGGAAGACGCUGCCGCUGGCCAACACCAGCCGUCUGUCAUCCAUUCACGGUAACGGCAACAACAACAAGUCCUCCAAGAUCACGGUGGCCAAGCAGAAAACGUCGAUUUUCGACCGUUACUCAAACGUCAUCAACCAAAAACAGUACACUUUUGAACUUCCCAAUAACUUGAACAUAGACUCGGAGACGCUGAGCAAGCUGCCCGUGAGUUACAACAAAAAGAGAAGGCUUGUGAGAGCAGAUCAGCACCCACAGGGCAAGUCCCAGGUCUCUGCCACCACGCAAUUGGGCUCUGCAAGAGAGAAACUGCUUGCAAACCGCAAAUACGGCCACCACACCGAUGACAAUAACGAAGAGGAGGAGGAGAGCAUGAUGACCGACGACGACGACGACGCAAGCGGUGACGACUAUAUGGAGUCCACGCCGCAGAUAAACCUGGAUGAACAGGUCUUGCAGUUCAUCAACGACUCCGACAUCGUCGACUUGUCUGAUCUUUCCGACACUACGAUGCGCAAGGCCCAGCUCAUAGUCUCUCACAGGCCGUAUGUCUCUCUGAAUGCGUUUGCGAAUACAGACUUCAACGAUAAGGACACUGAAGAAGCUGCCUCAGGCAAGAGGAAACGACGCUCGGCGGCCACCGCCAACGAAAGCGAACGGUUGCUCGACAAGAUCACCCAGAGUAUUAGAGGCUACAACGCCAUUGAGUCCGUCAUCAAAAAGUGUUCGUCCUACGGUGAUCUGGUCAGCACGCAGAUGAAGAGAUGGGGGCUUCAAGUUGGCGAUAACUCCGAGUUGGACGUGAUGAAUCUCGGUGAAGACGACGACGACGAUGAUGAUGAUGAUGAUGAUGAUGAUGAUAAAGACGGCCACAAUGGUACCGGUUCUGCGGGUACACACGACCAGCGCAAUGAUAAAGAGGCGGCCAGGGCCGUGGUGGAGGGCUUUGAUGAGACCAGCGCUGAACCUACUCCUGCACUAGAGGAAAGAGAAACACGGACCAGGAACACAUCCGAGCCAUUGGUCAAGUCGGACGAAGAAGAUGUGGAUCUAGAGGCAAUUGAUGACGAGUUGCCGCAAUCCGAGCAUGAAGACGACGACUACGAGGAGGAGGACGAAGACUACAAUGAUGAAGAGGAAGACGUGGCAUACGGCGACGAUGAUGACGACGACGAUGACGAUGACGAAUUCGUGGCCACGAGAAAAAACAGACAUGUGGCCUCUACCACAAACAGAAACGGUCGGAAACCGAUUGUCAAAUUUUUCAAGGGCAAACCAAGACUGCUAAGCUCCGAAAUCUCACUAAAGGAUUACCAGCAAACCGGUAUAAACUGGCUGAAUCUGCUCUACCACAACAAGAUGUCAUGUAUCCUUGCAGAUGAUAUGGGUCUGGGUAAGACGUGCCAAGUCAUUUCAUUUUUCGCAUAUUUGAAACAAAUCAACGAGCCGGGUCCUCACUUGGUCGUUGUGCCAUCCUCCACUUUAGAAAAUUGGUUAAGAGAGUUUCAGAAAUUUUGUCCCGCUAUGAAGAUCGRGCCUUAUUAUGGCUCCUUGCAAGAAAGAGAAGAAUUGCGUGAUAUUUUGGAAAGAAACUCUGGGAAGUAUGACGUUAUUGUGACCACGUACAACUUAGCCGCGGGCAAUAAAUACGACGUUUCGUUUUUGAAGAAUAGAAACUUCAACGUGGUGGUCUAUGAUGAAGGCCAUAUGUUGAAGAACUCCACUUCGGAGAGAUUUGCCAAGUUGAUGAAAAUUCGUGCAAACUUCCGUCUUUUAUUGACCGGUACACCAUUACAAAAUAACUUGAAGGAAUUGAUGUCACUGUUGGAAUUCAUCAUGCCCAAUCUUUUCAUUUCCAAGAAGGAUUCAUUCGAUGCGAUCUUUAAACAGCGAGCCAAAACGACAGAUGAUAACAAAAGCCACAACCCGCUUUUGGCGCAAGAAGCUAUCACAAGAGCGAAAACAAUGAUGAAACCGUUUAUUUUGAGAAGACGCAAGGACCAAGUAUUGAAGCAUCUACCACCAAAGCACUCGCAUAUCCAAUUUUGUGAGUUGAACCCCGUACAAAGGAAAAUUUACGACAAGGAAAUCAAAACCGUAUUAGAGCACAAAAGAAUGGUUAAGGAUGGAGAAUUGCCCAAGAACGCUAAGGAAAGAUCCAAAAUACAAUCUUCGAGCUCUAAGAAUCUCAUAAUGGCACUCCGGAAAGCUUCCCUCCAUCCACUUCUAUUCAGAAACAUUUAUGACGACAAAAUGAUUGCUAAAAUGAGUGACGCCAUUCUGGAUGAGCCUGCGUAUGCUGAAAACGGUAACAGGGAAUACAUCAAGGAAGAUAUGAGUUUCAUGACCGAUUUUGAAUUGCACAAAUUAUGUUGUAACUUUCCCAAGACACUGUCGAAAUAUCAACUACAUAAUAAUGAAUGGAUGCAUUCCGGUAAGAUCGAUGCGUUGAAGAAAUUGCUGAAGACUAUUAUCAUUGAUAAACAGGAAAAAGUUCUGAUUUUCUCGUUAUUCACUCAAGUGUUGGAUAUUUUGGAAAUGGUUUUAUCCACUUUAAAUUAUAAGUUUUUGAGACUAGAUGGGUCCACCCAAGUGAAUGAUAGACAGCUGUUGAUCGAUAAGUUUUAUGAAGACAAAGAGAUUCCGAUUUUCAUCUUAUCUACAAAGGCAGGUGGGUUCGGGAUCAACUUAGUGUGCGCCAAUAACGUUGUUAUUUUUGAUCAAAGUUUCAAUCCGCAUGACGAUAGGCAAGCUGCUGAUAGAGCCCAUCGUGUGGGUCAGACCAAAGAAGUCAAUAUAACCACAUUGAUUACCAAGGAUUCUAUUGAAGAGAAAAUUCACCAACUGGCCAAGAACAAACUAGCUCUGGAUUCUUAUAUUAGUGAGGAUAAAAAAUCGCAGGAUGUUAUGGAAAGUAAAGUCAGUGAUAUGCUGGAGGACAUAAUAUACGAUGAAAAUUCGCAACAAAAGGAAAAUAAAUAA